AUGGGCAACUUCGCGUCGUGCACGCUGGCGGGGGCAGCCGGUGCCGGGAGGGCCAGCAGCGGCGCGAGGGUCGUGCUCCCGGACGGGCGGGUGCGGCAGGUGGCCCUCCCGGCCACGGCGGCCGAGCUGAUGCUGGACGCGCCGGGCCACUUCCUGGCGGACGCGCGGGCGCUGCGCCUGGGGCGGCGGGUCGAGGCGCUCCCGGCGGACGAGGCGCUCGUCCGCGGCGCGCUGUACGCCGCGCUCCCCAUGAAGCGCCUGGGAGCCCCCAUGGCGCCCGCCGACGUGGCGCGCCUGGCCGCCGCGGUGGUGUCCAGCGAGGAGAAGGCGCGGGCGGCGACGAGGAGCAGGAGGAGGAUGAGGACGGCGUCGUCCCCCGCCGCCACGGCCAAGGUCGCCGCCGUCGUCGUGCCGCCCGAGGUGCUGGAUGCCGCCGAUGCCGCCGCCGCCGCGUCCCUUGGGCUCCAGGAGAUGGACGCGGCGCCCAAGCCGAGGGCACCGAAGCUGGAGGAGAUGGCCGUCGACGACGCGGCGGCCGCGGCGGAGAUCGAGGAGCUCAAGCAGCGGCUCAGCGGCGGCGGGCGGCGGUCCAGGCGGCCCACGCUGGAGACCAUCCAGGAGGAGAGCUACGUGCCUGCGAGAUGCUGA